AUGGCAUUGCGGGGCAUCGAAGCGUCGUUUUCACUUCUCACCUCUCUCGCCUCGUCUAUCGAUUCAAAUAUUCAAUGUACUAUGACGGUGAAAUUGUGUGUUUUCACAUUUUAUACUGUGGGCGGUUUGCGAUGUGCCGGUGUUAAUCCGAACGGUAUCCGGUGCGGCGGAUCUGUUACGUUCACACGUUACGCUACUACGUUCCUUCUCUACCGUGCAGCGCUUCUUCGUCAGCGAAAGAAGCGCUCGCUAGCUGUGUUCAGCAAAGCGAUGGGCGGGAGUGCCAGCCGUCCACUUCGCUGUGCGCACGGAUGCUGGACGUUGAAAUCACAUGAUGCCGACGAUGAUGUCUACAAGGCGAAGAAAGCCGGUAAAUUGCCAAGAUCAAAGAUUAAAAAAAUACAUACAGAUGGAUGUGAUGUAGUCACAGAAACUGAUAAGGUGGUAAUUACGUCAAACGACUGUUCUUCUGACACGCUGUCCCGUCAGGAAUUGCACGCUUUCCAAUGGGAAGAGAUUCCGACGCCGAGCGUUUGCGAUCGAGAGAUGCCGAUCAUCGAAGGACCACCAUCACAAGAAAAGCUUAUUCAGAUAAUCAACUGUUUUCCGUUUCCAACACCACGUUCAACGCCUCAUACCACCCCCAUGGUCAUAUGUAAGCAUUCAUACAUUGAUGGAGAUCCGGAACAACAAACUUUUGGCGACGCUUUUGAGAAACUCGUACAGGUGUCUGUGGAAACAAUGGCCAUUACCGCUCUUCCGAUGGACGUAUGGCUGAAAGAACGCAUGAAAAAAUGGGUACAACUGUCCGGACACGAAGGUAGUAUUGUUCCUGCGUCCACUUGUACUUUGUACAAGAAGCAAGCUGGGAAUUGUAGUGAAGCGAGAGCCUACGAGGUUAUUUCGAGGGAUCCGUCUCUCACCGGCUUCACUCCCCGCUAUAUCAGGCAGCUUCAGAAGAAUGAUGAAUGCUUCAUCGAAAUUGAAGAUUUGUUGCAACAAUUCGCAGAUCCAACAAAGACUAGUAUAAUGGACAUCAAGGUUGGCACGAGGACUUUCCUUGAGUCUGAGGUUUCAAAUACGAAACGAAGAAAAGAUCUGUACGAAAAGAUGACAGCCAUCGAUCCCAACGAGCCGACGCCGGAAGAACGAGCGUGCGGCGAAAUCACGAAACUUCGUUAUAUGCAGUUUCGUGAACGAGAAAGCAGCUCUGCCGAAUUAGGCUUCCGAAUCGAAGCCGCUAAGAUGCCUGGGGGUUCCCUACAAAAGAACUUCAAAAAAGUACGCACCUAUAGUGAUGUUACUGUCGCGUUGAUCGACUUUUUUGGUACGGAUCGUGAAAGAAUUAGGAGCAGAUUGUUGGCGCGAUUGAAAGCGAUGAGAAGUGCCAUUGAGAGGAGUCGAUUUUUCGCAACUCAUGAGGUUGUCGGCAGUUCUAUCUUAAUCGUACACGACAGUGAAAAGGUGAACUGCUGGAUGAUUGACUUUGCAAAGUCGUCACCGGUAGAACCGCCAAAAGUUAUGGACCAUCGCACAACUUGGAUUCCUGGCAAUUCUGAAGACGGAUAUCUCACUGGCAUCGACAACCUCGUAAAGAUUCUCGAAGAGAUGCCGCCUGUGGAAGUCCGGCCAGUCGAGGAAUUGAGGUGA